UAUUUAGUAAGCCAGCUCAAGACAAAAUGGCAUUGCAAUAUGUUAUUUCCUUGAAAAUAUGAAAAAGUUAAGCAGUAAAAUAUGUGGGAUCAAGAAACAUAGGAAAAGUAAGAUGGUAUUUGGAUUCCUCAUGCCUUGUACUCUGUGUUUUACAAAAUUAUAAACAACAGUAUAUACUUGGUUAAUUCAAAAUGUAGAAUUAAAUUCUAAUAAUUUCAACCUCAUGCUCACAGGCUCAUUUAUUCCCUAAACAUGAACUGAGCCUCUGCUCAUAGAAGACUCCAUGCUAGUACUUGGAGAGCUGAGAAAAAGAUCUAGUCACUCACCAUAAAAUUACAGAGUCGAGAAGCAGCUGUCAUGUAAAGGAAAUGGUGACAUGACAGCAGCCAAAUGUGAAUUCCCUGAUGCAAGGUAGUGGUGGGCCUUGGGAAAAUAUAAGUCCUUAAGUGGGAAGUAAUUAUAAGUUGUGUGCAUGGCUGGCUGGAUGAGGCUGUGGUAAUCGUGACCAGGGACCAGGUUCUCACAUGGUGGGCCGCAUAGUUUAAAGACAAAGCCUGGGAUGGGAAACUGCCAUUAACAGUUACAGGCACACUUCACUCUGUUGCACGUUGCUUUAUUGUAUUUCACAGGUACUGCUUUUCUUUUCUUUGUUCUUUUUCUUUACCAAAUUGAAAGUUUGUGUCAGUCAACCUUGCUUCCAGCAAGUCUUUCGGCUCCAUGUUUCCAACACCGUUUGCUCACUUCAUGUCUGUGUGUCACGUUUUGAUACCUCUUGCAGUGUUCACACCCUCAGCAGCAAAAAAGAUGGACUCAGUGAAGGCUCACAUAAUGGUUAGCAUCUUUUUUCUUUUAGCAAAGAGGUGUUUUUAUUUAAGAUAUCUAUAUUGUUCUGAGGCAUAAUGUUAUUGCCCACUUAAUAGCCUACAAUAUAGUGUAAACAUAAGUUUUAUGAAAGCACUGGGAAACCAAAAAUUUGUUGUGACUCAAUUGUGAUAUUGACUGUCCUUCAGGGGUUGGGAACCAAACUUGCAGUAUUUUCUGGGUCUCCCUGUGCUUUGGGAUUGUGAGUAAAUCAGACAGAAAUCGCAUGAACCUGGCGUGGAAUGUAUCCUGUAGCUCUUUUUCCGGUGCAGGCAAGCAAUGUGCGGAUUAGAUGUUUUAUUCACGUUGCCUUCUAUCCACAGAGUUUCUGAGAAAUCAGGGUGAGGUCUCCACGGCGGCUGCAGCCCUAGAGCGCCCAACGUGCACGCACGCAAUCCGCCGCCGAUCGCACCUCUACCCUGGCCUCGCGCCCCUGUCGCCCUUUGUGGACGCCGGCUUGGCCGGUGCAGUCGGAUGCGCCGCGGCAGCCCUGGGCCCCGGCUCAGAGGCUCCCGGAGGAGAGGAGGCGGCCCGCCCAGCCAGGGACCCUGCGCGAGGCCGCGGCCGGCGGAGGGGUUGCGUAGGCCCCGCCCGGCCAGGCCCAGCCGGGCCCUGGACAGAGACAGGGCAGGGCAUUGUUCAUGCACUGACCGACCUCAGCAGCCCUGGCAUGACCUCAGGGAACAGAAACUCUGCCUCCAGCAUCACCGGCACUGCCCCCAAGAAUGGGGGACACUCGUCUCUGCUGGUGGGGAAUCUCAAGAAGUAUGCACAGGGGUUCUUGCCUGAGAAACUUCUGCAGCAGGACCAUACCACCACCACUGACUCAGAGAUGGAGGAGCCCUAUCUGCAAGAAUCCAAAGAGGAGGGUACUCCCCUCAAACUCAAGUGCGAGCUCUGUGGCCGGGUGGACUUUGCCUACAAGUUCAAGCGUUCCAAGCACAUCUGUUCCAUGGCUUGUGCAAAAAGGUACAACGUGGGGUGCACCAAACGAGUGGGGCUUUUCCACUCAGACCGGAGCAAGGUGCAGAAGGUGGGAGCCAUGACCUACAACCACCGUCAGGCCAGCAAAGCCAGUCUGCCGACACUUACCAAGGAUACCAAGAAGCAGCCAACAGGCACCAUACCCCUUUCAGUUACCGCUGCCCUGCAGCUAACACACAGCCAGGAAGACUCCAGCCAUUGCUCAGAUAACUCAAGCUAUGAGGAACCCUUGUCCCCCAUCUCAGCCAGCUCGUCCACCUCCCGCCCGCGACAAGGCCCGCGGGACCUGGAGCUCCCUGACAUGCACAUGCAGGACCUGGCGGGCAUGGGACACCACUUCCUGUCAAGUGAGCCCACCAAGUGGAAUGUGGACAAUGUCUACGAAUUCAUCCGCUCUCUGCCAGGCUGCCAGGAAAUCGCAGAGGAGUUCCGUGCCCAGGAGAUCGAUGGGCAAGCUCUGCUGCUGCUCAAGGAGGACCACCUGAUGAGUGCCAUAAACAUCAAGCUGGGGCCCGCCCUCAAGAUCUACGUGCAUCAGCAUGCUCAAGGAGCAGGGCCGGUCGAGGGAAGGGCCCUCGCUGUGGGGUGUGGCUGGGGAGGAGGUCUCAGGACCUCCUUGGUGGCUCUCAGGGGCCUUUCUUUCUGUGGGAGGGGCAGAGAGGUAGGUGGCACAGAAGCUGGGGCUUUAUGCUUGUAAAUAUUUGAUAGCACUGGCUUCCUCCAAAGUCCCACGACUCUAGCCCCGCUUCUCUUCCCCUCUUUCUGUCCCCCAUUUUCCAGGGGGUAUGUGGUCAGGGCUCCCAACCUGAGUUGGGUCACUUCCCAGGGCAGCCGUAGGGCCUGGAGAGAGGCCUUGGAAGCCCUCGCCUGCCUUCUUCCUCUUCUUUCUUGGGGCCCAGCUUGCUCUUCCGUUGCCAGCUUCUCCCACUUCAGCCUGUUACUGAAGCCGCCAGAAGGGUUCUCCCCCCUCACCCCUGCAGGUAGAGGGAGAGAAGCUGGGCCUGCUGUGGCCACACCUGCUAGUACAGCAGCCUUAACGCUAUGUGUGUGACUGUGUGGGAGCCUGGACUGACUGACGGGCCGAGAGCCCCCCUGGCAUCUCCAGGUGUUUUGUAACAAACAGCCACUUAGUGCUUUGUCCUGGACUCCACUCAGCCUUGGGAUGGGGAAUAGGAAAAAGGGCUGCCCCGGUGCAGAGGCAGGAUCAGAAAGCUAUGCAGGUUAGCAGGAGAUUUUCCUUUCCAGAUUGUCGUGGUGUCUCUGCAGCCCUUUCCUGCACUGUGACACCCCCCACCCCGACUGCCCUGCUGUGUCACAGACGGCAUUAAGGAAGCUGCCAGUGGGCUGGGCCAAGCUGAGCCUCCUGGUCUUGCCGGUCCACCCACCCUGAGAGCCCAGUGGUGGGGCCCAGAGAACGUCCAAGGGUGGAAGAGCUGGAGUGACCGCCGAGGUGAAGAAGGCAGCCUUCGGCCUCGGCUCCCACACUUCUUUGCCUCUGGAACUUGCUGGCAGCAGUGUGAGCUGCCCAUGGAGGAGGCGGGGCAAGAAGGGCAAGGGCCGGCCUCUGACCUGCCCUGCACACUGCAGGCUCCCGGGGAAGAAUUGGACUCUCCCCAGGGGAGGGUGGGUGCCCUUCUCAGUUCGUUCUAUUCCCCACUCACACCCCCAGGCAGGGUUGGAAAUGAAGGACUUUUUAAACCUUUUUUUGUUUUUAAAAAACAAAUACGUAAAAUCCAUUCCUUCUGUGCCUUUCUCCCCUGGGGAUGCCUUUCUGUGAUCCUGAAGAGCUACUUUUCACCGGCAGGGAGAGGGUAGGUCCCUGGGCUGGUAGGGGGACGACCACCUUAACUGGACAGCAUAUCCUCCAUGCUUUGCCGUGUCAUUUGAGGGCACACUCAGCCCCGGUUCAUAUCCCACCUGUUCUUCACGGGUAUUCCUUGGGAGUGCAAGGGUCCAGGGCCCCUUCAACUCUGAGCCUCCCCGACCCACCACUGCCGCUGUGGAGACAGGACGCUGUUCGUCAGGAAUACCUGGCCCACCGGAGGCAGAGCCCAGAGCUCCCCACCCUCACAGGUGCGUGUGGCUCCGUGUCCAGCACUGCCCUUGGGGUAACUCUGCCUCACUCAACAGCUGAGCAUUCUUUGGAUGCUGGAAUAGCAAACUGUUAGGAGAGGCUCUGCCUCAGGAGGCAAUUUCCUGAGCCUCGAAUAAAGAAGGGGCCUUCCAAACACAGGCUGCUUGUGCACUCAAUUAGUCUGUAACAGAGGGGCCCAGGGAGACUGAUUAGCAGGGACCUUUUAAGAACUAAUACCCGCAUCUUGAUGACAACUGCGGAAAACCUUUAAGAUGUAACUACUUCCUGGAGGAAGAGGAGAAGCAAACAACUGACUAGUUGACCACCCACAGGAUGGAGCUAGGACUUGGGAAGUCUGGUCUACAGAAGGUCGGGAAUGGCUAGCCAGACAGGGGCCAGCAUGGGACCCUGGGCUGAGGGGGCGUGGGGAGGGUCCCCCAGGAAGACCCCCAUAUUGCCCACCCCACUCCAGGGCAGGGGAGUGGGCCACUGUGGCCCAUGCAGCUUGGCGAGUCCAUGCUGGACCUUGACUUUCGCUUUCUGGAGGACAAAGCCAGGCCCAGCCAGAGUCUGUCUUUGUAUGUGAGGUGGGAGAGGGAGCUGAAACUCCUGAAAGAGGAUAGGGUGGAUCUGCAGGGCUGACUGACACAGGUAAAUACACCCCUGCUGUCUCUUCACUCUGGGUGGAAGGCCUCAGUCUGAAGGGUGCUUCCUUCAACAUAUAUUGGCUCCUGAUGUUCAUGUCUUACAUAGAAUUUUGCAAAACUUUUGAUCGUGACUGACAGUUUGUUCCCCACCCUCAUAUAUGUACUGAGAUGUAUGUAACUGAAGCAAAACAGAAUAAUACCUACCCUGAUGUAUUAAAAAAAAAAAAAGAAAUCAGGGUGACAGUCCUCUGACGUGGGAUGAUGCCCAGAAUCUGCUAGAAUGGCACACUCUUUCCUCGCUGAGCAUAACUGUCAGCUUUUAGGUUGUGAAUAUUUUUUAAAUCUACAGUUCCUUCUUAUUCACCCUCCCAUAGCCCCUGGCAACCACCACUCUACUGUCUGUUUCUUUGACUUAGACCAUUUUAGAUUCCUCAUGUAAAGGACAUGCAGUAUUUGUCCUUCUGUGUCUGGCUUAUUUCACUGUACCAUAAUGUCCUCUAGAUUUAUCCACGCUGUCAUGACUAGAGAGGUUAGCUUCUUUUUAAGGCUGAAUGAUAUUCCAUUGUAUGUAUAUUUUACUUAUUUAUCCAUUCAUCUGUCACUGGACAGGUAGGCAACUUCCCUGUCAUGACUAUUGUGAGUAGUGCUGCAAUGAACAUGGGAGUGCAGAGCUCUCUUCGAGGUCCUGAUUUCAGUUCCUGUGGAUAGUAGUGGAAUUGCGGAAAGUAUUAUGUGUUAUUUCUGAUUUUUUGAGGAACCCCUAUACUGUUUUCCAUACUGGCUGUACCAAUUUACAUUCCUACCAGCAGUGUUGAAUGUGUAUAGUUUACUAAGAAACUUGCAAACUGUCUUCCAAAGUGGCUCUACCAUUUUGCAUCACCACCACCAAGGAAUGAGAGUUCUUUGAUUCACAUCUUUACCAGCAUUUGGUGUUUUCAGUCCUUUGGAUGUUUGCCAUUCUGAAAGGCAUGUCGUGGUAUCUGCUUGUUUUUUUAAUUUGCAGUUCCAUGAUGGUAUAUAAUGUGGAGCAUCUUUUCAUAUGCUUGUUUGACAUCUGUGUUUCUUCCUUGGUGAGGUAUCUGUUCAUAUCU